UUCGCUAAAGCCGGUUGGUGCAGGUUGGUGCUUGUGGCGCGUAUUAGUUGUUGAUGUUUCAACAUUUGUUUUGUUGUGUGUGAUUUUUUUUUGUAGUGUACGUUGUGUCGGCAGAAGAGUAUAAUGUCAGACGUUUUACCAUAUAGAGCAGAAUAUGCCAAAAGCGGUCGCGCCUCGUGUAGGGGAUGUAAAAGUCCUAUUGCAAAGGAUACUCUGCGUUUGGCCGUUAUGGUGCAGUCACCAGUGUUUGAUGGGAAGACCCCUCACUGGUAUCACUUCAUGUGCUUUUUUGGCCGUCAGCGACCAAAAACAGUGGGUGAUAUCUCUCAUUUUGAGUCCCUGAGGUGGGAGGAUCAGGAGAAGAUUAAGGCCAAAAUAGAGGGUGGUGGAGCAGGUGCAGUUGCUGAAGAAAGUACUAAGGUCAAGGGCAAGAAACGAAAGGCAGCCGCAGAAGAUAAUGUUGCAUUGAAGGAUUUCACUGUUGAGUAUGCAAAGUCGAGUCGAUCCACAUGCCGAGGCUGUGAAGAGAAGAUUAUGAAGGAUGAAGUACGUGUUUCGAAGAAGGACUUCGACAGUGAGGGUGCAAAAAUGUAUGGUGGCCAGGAGCGUUGGCACCAUGUAGAUUGUUUUGCAAAACUGCGUGAUGAACUUGAAUUUUGGGAAUCUGGAAGUUGCCUUCCUGGUAUCAAAAGCUUGAAAAAAGAAGAUCAACAACUAGUGAAAAACAAAUUGCCCAAAGUUGAAAAGAAAGAAAAAUCCACUGAUGAAACUGAUGGACCAUCCCCAUCAAAGAAAACAAAAUCAAGCAAUGCUGCAAUAAGAGAACAGAGCAAAAUAAUGUACAAAUACCGAGACCAGCUGAAGAAGGAACUUAGGAAGAGUGAUUUGCAGGAUCUGCUCGAAUACAAUGACCAAGAAGUACCAGUUGGUGAGGAGAGGAUGUUGGAUCGUCUGUCAGAUAUCAUGACAUUCGGUGCUCUUAAGCGCUGUGAUGAAUGCAAAGGUGGCCAGUUUGUGUUCUGCUCAGGUGUUGGCUAUCAGUGUCUAGGAGAUCUGACUGAGUGGACCAAGUGCCAGAAUACAACACUUGAGCCAAAGAGGAAGCCAUUCCGAGUGCCUUCUGAGCUCAUGUCAGACCAUGAAUUCUUGAAGAAGUACAAAUAUGUUGCAAGAAAAAGAAUUGUGCAGCUUCAUGCACCUUCAUCAACCGUGAAGAGUGAUCCAUCUACCUCAAAGCCCAAAAUUGAAAGAGCUGGACCUCCUCUGAAGAAUAUGGAGUUUGUAAUAUUGGGAAAUACCACUAGACCAAAGGAUGAGCUGAAAAAGGAAAUUAAAAAGCUUGGUGGGAAAGUUGUAACAAAGAUCCAUGAUAAACUUGCUGCUGUAAUUUCAACCCCAGAUGAAUUGGAGAAGAUGACUAAGAAAAUGGAAGACGUUAAAGCCUGCGAUAUACAGGUGUUGCCUGAAGACUUUUUAGAUGAGGUAAAGGAUGGUGGGGCUCUGGCCUUAAUUUCCGAAAGGAAUAUCUCUUCAUGGGGCUCAGAUCCUCAAAAGAGGAUAGCAGUGGAUGUGGUUGACGGCAACAAGAAGUCUAAAAGUGGAAGCAUGUUCACAAAAAGUAUGCCAUCUAAGGUAAAGCUGAAAUUGAAAGGAGGCGCUGCAGUUGACCCUGAUACGAAACUGGAAGAUGUUGCUCAUGUGUAUAAGAAAAAGGACGAUAUCUACAAUGCAGUGCUUGGGGUAACGGAUAUCCAAAAUGGGAGGAACUCCUAUUAUAAGCUACAGUUGCUGGAAGGUGAUGCAGGAAACAGGUACUGGGUGUUUCGGUCAUGGGGUCGUAUAGGCACCACCAUUGGAAGCAACAAAUUGGAGGCGAUGGAUUCCCUGCAAGAUGCUCUUCGCCACUUUGAGAGCCUGUAUGAGGAGAAGACUGGAAACAUGUGGUGCAAUAGAAAACAUUUUGAGAAAGUUCCUGGCUGUUUCUACCCUGUUGACUUGGAUUAUUCUCAACAGGAGGAUGAUGACAAGCCACUGAAUGCAGAGCAUCCUAGCAGCUCGUGUAAACUUGCACCACCUGUACAGCAGCUAAUUCAGCUGAUAUUUGAUGUGAAUUUAAUGAAACAAGUUAUGCUGGAGUUUGAGUUGGACCUGCAGAAGAUGCCUUUGGGGAAGUUGAGCAAGAAACAGAUCCAACAAGCUUACAGUGUGCUGACGGACCUACAGGAACUGGUCAAGACCGGUGGCUCCAACAGCCGCUUUCUGGAUGCAUCUAACCGGUUCUACACUCUCAUUCCACAUGAUUUUGGUAUAGAAAACCCACCAAUUUUGAACUCUGAGGAAAUGAUUAAGCAAAAGAUAGAGAUGUUGGACAGCCUGUUGGAAAUAGAGAUUGCAUACACCAUGCUGAAAGCAAAGUCUGGUGGGGAAAGCAGUGAGCAUCCUCUGGAUGCCCACUAUGCUAAACUCAACACUCACAUUGAAGUGCUAGACAAGGACACAGAAGAAUUUGAGCUGUUGAAACAGUAUGUUAGCAACACCCAUGCAGCGACACACACUCAGUAUGAACUGGAAAUUGUGGAGGUGUUCAAGGUGAAGCGCAGUGGAGAAGAGAAAAGAUACAAACCUUUCAGAAAGUUACACAACCGGAAAUUGCUUUGGCAUGGCUCUCGUCUCACCAACUUCGCGGGGAUUUUGUCACAGGGUUUGCGAAUUGCCCCUCCAGAAGCUCCGGCUACAGGUUAUAUGUUUGGUAAGGGUAUCUACUUUGCAGACAUGGUCUCUAAGUCUGCUAACUACUGCUGUACUUCUCCGAAGAAUCCAGUUGGAUUGAUGCUGCUGUGUGAGGUAGCUUUAGGAAAUAUGUAUGAGCGAAAAUCAGCUGAUUACAUAAAGAAAUUGCCAAAGGACAAACACAGCACCAAAGGCUUGGGUAGAACUGCGCCAGAUCCAAAAGGCAGUGUGUUGCGGGAAGAUGGGGUUGAAGUCCCAGCUGGUAAAGGAGUUUCAGUUGGUCAUAAUGAUGUGUCACUCUUGUAUAAUGAGUACAUUGUAUAUGAUGUGGGUCAGGUGAACAUCCAGUAUUUACUGAAAAUGAAGUUCCAUUACAAUUACUGAGUUCAGUAUCUGACUGUAAGACUGGCUUCUUGUUUUUAUGAAGAAUUGUGGCAUUUUGUUAACACGGUGCAUGACUGAAAUUAUUACUGUUUGUUUCCAUAUAGCUUUCUACAUGCACAUACAGUAUAUUUAGCUAAGGAAAUAAAUUAAUGCUUUGUGAGAAGUCAUUUAUAGUUCUGCUCGGAUACUUCAUGAUACCAGAGAUCAGACCGGGAAAUAGUUCAAGAAGUUUGUAGUAACAGGUGUGCUCUUUAUAGUUAAUUUGAAUAAAAUCACAGUAAUUUGUGUUACUCAAGGGAAAUGCAUGUGAUAUAGUUUUUGCAUUUAUCAUUUGAUUGUGAAACCUCAUUAAAUAUUAUAAUUCACAAAUAAUGUAAGGAACAUCUUUAAUUUUCUGUCAGUUUGUGCAAAUGUUCUUCGUGCUUUAACUACAGUUCUGUAUGGUUAUCAUUUGCUCAGAGCUAAUAGCAUGAAUUAUAACCUAUCCAUCACAGUUAACCCUUCAGUCAGUACAUUUAAACACCUCAGUUUUCUGCAUUUUAAACAAUUAUUUAAUACAGGGGACUCAGAUAUGCAGCCCGCCAGUUAAUUUUAUUGUUCUAGAUUGCUGCUAGCCUCAGUGCAGAGUAAUAUAUUAAACUUUUUAUCACGUAUAUUUUUUGGUCAAGAGCCAACAAGGUUAAAGAAGUCAUGCUGCCCUCUCGUCUUUGUUAUCCAUAGCCGUUAUAUGGAGGACAGAGCCUCUGGAACCCUGUGCUCUGUGGCUGGUAACUGCUGCCCAGGAGUUGGGCACUUCCCAGGGUUUUGCUUUUGGAGGACAGUAAACCAAAAUGGUCCUUAUAUGGUCAUUGUUCAGUCAUGGUAUUAGUGCAAAGAAACUAUUGUAUAUACGUAAAAACUAAUCUUUAAAAACCCUCAGAAAUGUGUUAAUUCACCCCAGGAACUUCAGGAUCACCGCUGCCCAUAAAUUGAAGUAAAUCUAAAUUUCAAGUCAAAACUAUUUGUAUCAUGCCUAAAAUGUAACAGUACAAAUUUACCGUGUAAGAUCUGCUUUACAAAGCAUUGUUCACCAGGUUUGUAGCUUAUGUCUUUUGGAGCUUGGUGGUAUUUUGGUGAUUGUAACCAUUGCAUACAGUUGUCAGAUCUUAUCUCUUCCAUAAAUAAAUUUGGCUAUCAAGUGUAUCUUGCAACA